AUUUAGCGCGAAAUCAAUAAAAAUCGCGUACCGAGUUCUGGUGUAUAAUAUUUUAUAUAUAAAAAGCUAUGCCCCGUGUCAAUAUUGAAACAAGUUUAUCUGAAGUUUACAGCGGAAUCAAGAAACCGCAAUACAGAUCGGACGCGAAACGGACGCGGAGCGAUAUUUCGGCUGGUUACGCGCGCGAUGUAUUAUAACUCAAUUUACAUUUCCGAUCAGCGAUUAAACCAUCGAGAGUGCGAGACACCGGUUUUUUAAGGCCGAGAUAUGGUUUGCUUUACAUCAUCGCCAGCUCUAUAAUAAUAUACACACAUGCCGAUGCUCCAGACCGAUCUCGCUCUCGUUCGUUUACGUGACUCUCACGUACGAUAGAAUUACGGCGAUUGUAAGUGGCCGCAGGCACAGGCGACACAGUGGAGCGGCGAGUCAGGCUUGGGCACUAUAGGCAGUAACAGUCUGCACGCCGCAUGCGAGCCCAUGGGAUCGAGGAGCGAGCUAAAUGUCACGAAGCGAUUUUUGUCUCCGUUUCGAUUUCUGUAAUAACGUUCAAAGCAGAUAGAGAUCGAUAAAGAGGGGCCGCCGCCGAUCGGCGAUCACAAGUUCACAGGACACCGAGAACGGAGAAAAAUGAAGUCGCCGAGCGUCGGCGAGACGUGGGAGAUGAGGUCACGGGAGCCCUACGCGAGACUCUUGAAAGCCAUGCAGGACAGGCGUCUGGCGAAUUUCAAAGCGAUGAUCCGAAAAGGACUGGCGGAGCGUCCAGUCACGAUCGAUGUCAAUUAUCUCAUACCCGACACGACGAACAAGCGACUCCUCGACAAAGCCGCCGCGGAGAAUCUGCCGGACUUCGUGGAGUCUCUGCUGGGCUUCGGCGCGGAUCCGAACCUGGUGAAUCCGGAACUGGACCGAGCGCCGAUUCACUUCGCCGCCGAGAACGGCAGCGACUCGGCUCUGGCGGUGCUGCUCAAGGCCAAGGGAAUCCAGCCGAACCUCGAGGCUCCCGCGGGACAGACGGCCCUGCACUACGCGGUCCGCGCCAACUCGGAGCGCUGCGUCGAGCUGCUGAUCGAGGCCCAGGCAACUCCCAAUAUACCCAACGUCAAGGGUCUGACGGCCUUGCACAUGGCGGCCCAAUUGGCCAGAGAGAAUAUGGUGCGUUUCAUGAUCGAACACGCGGCCUAUCUCGACAUCGACACCUACAAGGAGCCACGACGAAAGGAGACGGCUCGCGCGACCAUCGAGCGUCAAUUCCCCGACAUAAAACUGCCGAACGCCACGACGUCCGAUCCGUCGCGCGCGCUCUUCCACUACCUGACGGCCAACGACCCGGCCAACUUCGAACGCACCCUCGAGACCAUCGAGGGCACGCCCGAGGGAGUCUUCGAGCUGCUGAAGAAGGCGACGAUGCGAGGUCUGACCGGACCGCUGGACCAACUGCUGCAUCGAUUCGCGCCCGGCCCCGCCGAGCUGGCGGCUCUGGCCGAGCUGGCCAUUAAGCACGCCUGGCCGGAGGUGCUGGACCGGCUGCUCAAGCUCGGGGCGCGAGAGUUCGCCGAUCAGCUGCUGAUGCCCGCCAGUCAGGCGCUCUGCACGAGACUCGAGCCCAGACCAGCGCAGGAUCACGACGCCGCUGCGCCGCGUUUCCGAUGCCUCGAGCUCGUUCUCGAGCAGGAAAACGUCGAUGUACGCCAACAGGACGACAAAGGCAAUAGUCCGCUGCAUUACGCGACGCGUGCCUCGAGCGACCAAGGGGUGCAACUGUUGCUGGAAAAGGGCGCCUACAUCGGCCACAGAAACGUUUUCGGCGAGUCGGUACUGGACGAGCUGAAAGUGGAGCAGCUGGAGAAGAGAUUCAACGAGUGCCUCGAAAGCUCCAAGGAGGAUACCGAGGAUUUCGAAAUAGUAAUAGACUACAGGAACCUUGUACCGCACGGUACACACUGCCUCAACAAAGAUGACUACGACAUCAAAGACUUGAAAGAAUCGCAGCAAAAUAGUCACAUGUUGCAGGAUACGUUGUCGGAGCAAUUGUCGUCGGAAACCGACGUCUGCAUGUACCUGUCCGAGCGCAAAAACUUGCGUCAUUUGCUCACGCAUCCUUUGUUGGCGUCCUUCCUCCAGCUCAAGUACCAGCGCGUCAGACAUCUGAUAUACAUCAACCUUUUUUUCUACCUUGUGUAUUUUGUUUCUUUGUUUUCAUUCAUUUGGGUCACGGGGAACGAAGAAACUCCAUCGUUAAAUGCUACAUCCACCUCGAACGAACCAGAUAAUUUACAGUACAGUCAUCCAUUGCUCAGUACGUUAUUUGGAUUGUCCCUGUGUUACCUCAUCGUUCGCGAAACUUUGCAGUUUGUUUCGUCGCCGUUGCAGUAUCUAACGACAGUAACAAAUUGGCUGGAGUUGACGUUGGUGGGUGCGAGCAUCGCUCUGUUACUGGGCGGAGGGCCAGAGAUAUCCGCUGUAGCGAUCCUGCUUUCCACGUGGGAGCUGGUACUGCUCAUAUCUCCGCAUCCUCGCAGCCUCCUAUCCAGCAACCUCGAGAUGUUCAAGACUGUCACGGCCAACUUCACAAAGUUCCUUCUUCUGUACAUUCUCCUUCUCAUGGCAUUCGCAAUGGCAUUUUUCCAACUGUUCCGCAGCCAGGACGACAGCUUUGCCACCGCCGACUCGGCGCUUUUCAGGACGAUCGUCAUGUUCACGGGCGAGUUCGACGCGACCGGGCUGCCGUUUUCCAAUUCACCGUUCAGCCGAUUCGUGUUCGUUAGCUUCAUCUUUUUCGCGGUCAUCAUUCUGUUGAACAUCUUCACCGGCGUGGCGGUCAACGACGCGGCCGAGAUACUUGCCGAAGCCGAGAUCGUCGGCCUGGUGGCGCGUACCCGCGUGCUCGCCUACGUGGAUCAAGUGGCCGUCGGCGGACCCCCGGCCAAACCUGCCAAUUGUUGCUGUUGCUGCUAUCGCCCAGAGGGUCUGGCCAGGUUGGGUCUGUUUCGUCGAUUGAUCCGUCGAGUGCUGCUGUUCCCUUGUCUGCCUCAGGCGAAGAUAAGCGUGCAACCGUUCAACGAGUCGAAGAUCAGAGCCCAUGGCAUGACGUCGAGCAUGGGUCGCAUGGAACCGAUGGUGGUGCGCCGAGCCAAGGAGAUCCUAGCGGAUCGAGAAAAUACCUCGGCUUACGACCGGAUGGUGAGUCAGGUGAAAAGCCUCGAGCACAUUAUCGGUCAUCGUCUCGGCGACAUCGAGAAAGCUCUGAACUCUCUCGCUGCCACUGUCAAUAGUCAAACGCCUUCGCGGUCUGCCAGUCCUUCACAAGAUGCUUGAAUCGCUCUCGAUAAUAAGUUUAG